AUGGAGACUACAGCUGCUACAGAGAAGACCAAGAGAAGCAGGAAGUCGGUAAAGCGCGCAAAGACUGGAUGUAUAACCUGUAAGAUACGUCGGGUUAAGUGCGAUGAAGGAAAACCGACUUGCCACAGAUGCCAGAAAUUUGGAGUGAAGUGUGAUGGAUACGUUCGGCCUAGAAAAGCUCCGCCAAUGGUCAAAUCCACUCGGAAAGUGCUACUUCCCAAAUCAUCGAUCAAGAUCCUACUUCCAACAUUCGGAUUUGAAAACGAAUUUAAGGAAAAGACCGCUCUUGAAAUCGCUCCAUACUUCGACUCAGAAACAUGGCGGCGCCUUGUGUUACAGACUUGCCAAGUACCAGCAAUUCGUCAUGCAAUCAUUGCAAUUGGGGCGUUGGACAAAACAUAUAUGACCUCGCGGACCGAGAAUGACUCAAACCUAGAUCUCUCAGAGGAUCCAGAUUCCCCCAAUGUUCACCGAAGAAUCGCGCUUAACCAUUAUAUCAAAGCUAUACGAAGUAUGAGGGAGUCCGUGGAGCACGGCAAGCAGGAUUUGAGAACCACACUCAUCACUUGUCUGGUCAUCGCUUGUUUCGAGGCUUUCCACGGAAACCAUCCUCUUGCAAAUGCGCAGAUACUUACCGGCAUGAGUUUGAUCUAUGAAUGGAAGGCCACCUUCUCCAACGAAAUACCUAUGGGGUUCAAGUCUCCAAAACCAGACGUUGUUGAAGGUGAUCUGGUGCAGACAUUUGGGAGGCUUGAAGUUCAGACUUGUGAAUACGUAGGAAUGUAUAACAGGCCUACUGCUACCCUAGAACGGCAAGCAGCUUUGCGAGCUGCUGGCACGAAUGUGCUUCGUAAGUCGCAUAUUAUAUGCUAUUUUCCUUAG